AUUAUUAUUGAGUCAAGAAGACACUAGUACCACAUGUAAUCUGUUUUACAAGUUUAUUUAUUUAUGUUUGUUCAGAAAAAAACCUUAUCUGUAUUGCACUGAAUUUAUUAAAACUUUAUCUUUACUGGUUUACUUAUCUAUUCAAUAAAGUUAAAGAAGCAUUGAAAAUUUUCAAGCAAUUCUGUUUCUAUAAUGGUUACAGAUCCCUUAAGAAAAAACUAUGAGUUAGAAUCAACUGUUAAAUCUUUUUAUACAGGAGGAACAUCAUUUCUAUCAAAAAAUGGUACAGAAAUGUUGUGCACUUGUGGAGAUGUUGUAAAUGCCUUAGAUCUAUCAAAUGGGGAACGAAUCUAUCAAUUGAAAGAUGAUGGAAGUGAUAUUACCUGUUUUGCUGCAUCUCCUGAUGGCAAAAUUUUAAUAACUGCUUGUAAAGCACUGUUGCUACAUCAAUUUAGUCUAAGUCUGAGAACAUUUACGAGACGCUGGAAGGUUUCUCACAAAACUCAGGUUCUUGCAAUGACUUUUGAUUCUUCAUCAACAUUAUUAGCAACAGGCUCCAGCGACACCACAAUUAAAAUUUAUGAUGUUGUAAAAAUGUAUUAUACCCACAACUUCAAGGGUUCUCAAAGUUCAGUUAGUGUACUUAAAUUUCAUCCUCACACAGAAAAAUUAUCUUUAAUAUCUGCUUCAGUUGAUGGAAAAAUAUAUAUGUGGGAUUUGCAAACAAGCAAGUGUGUGUCAGUACUAGAUGGUCAUUACAGCCCUGUUACAUCAUUAGAGUUUUCACAAGAUGCAUUAGUUAGUGCAGGGCGAGAUAAAAUUCUUGUGUUUUGGGACUUGAAUUCUAGAAAGCAAAUUAGGACAGUUCCAACUUUUGAGGUAAUAGAAAGUUUGGUUGUUGUUCCAAAAGAAAAGUCCUUAUUUAAAAAUACCAGUAUGAAAGACACAGAGUUUGUUGUUACUGCUGGUGAAAAUGGUAGCUUGCGGUUUUGGAGUUUGAUUGGUGGAUUUUGUGCUUAUACUUCACAAAAAGAAAAUUCAGAGUCAAAUAUUGUACAACUCCACUUCGAUAGUAAUUCUGAAAAACUUAUUGUUGUCACAGAAGAACAUAAUAUAAUUGUGUAUAACCCCAUAUCAUUGAAACCAAUUUUAAAGUUUGUUGGUCAUUUUGAUGAAAUUUUGGACCUAAAAUUUUUCGGUGAAAACGAAGAGUACAUUGGGAUGGCAACUAAUAGCAAUCAGAUCAAUAUUAUGCAGAGAGGAUUACUUUCUUCUCACAUGUUGAAAGGACAUAGUGAUAUUGUGUUAUCAAUUGAUGUAAGUUUCAAUGGCAAAUAUCUGGCUUCUUCUUCUAAAGAUAAUACUAUUCGAGUGUGGUGCAAAGAUGAAGAGGAAGAUAAAUUUUGCUGUGUUGCAGUUGGUAAUGGUCACACUCAUGCAGUUAGUAGUAUUUCCUGGCCUGUUCUUUCAACUGAUUAUUUGGUCACUGGAAGUCAGGAUCUGACAUUGAAAUGCUGGAAGCUACCUUCUUUACUAUUGAAAACUGAAUGUGUUAAUUUGCAUGUAAAAUGGACAGAAAAAGCUCAUGAUAAGGAUGUUAAUGUGGUAAGAAUAUCACCCAAUGAUAAAAUUUUGGUAUCUGGCUCUCAAGACAAAAUGGCAAAAGUUUGGAAGUUUAAAUCAGGCACUUUGCUUGGCACGUUGCGUGGUCACAAACGUGGUAUAUGGUGUGCUUGUUUCUCUCCUGUUGACCAAUGCAUUGCGACAGGAUCAGCAGAUUCUACCAUAAAAUUGUGGACUCUAUCUGAUUUUACUUGCGUUAAGACAUUUGAAGGUCACAGUAAUUCAGUUUUAAAAGUACACUUUCUAUUAAAAGGAAUGCAAGUUGUUUCAAGUGGCUCUGAAGGACUAAUAAAAGUUUGGAAUAUUCGUAACAAUGAGUGUAUAUCAACAGUUGAAGCCCACGACGAAAAGAUUUGGUGUUUAGCUGUCAAUAAAGAGGAGAGUACAAUUAUUUCAGGUGGAAGUGAUUCUACAGUUAAAAUAUGGAAGGAUGUUACAGAAAAACUUAUGGUUGAAGAAGAAGAAAAAGCAAAUUUAAAACUAGAGAAUGAGCAAGAGUUAUCAAACUUGAUUCAAAAUAAACAAUUUGAGAAAGCAAUUGGUUUGGCAUUAAGAUUAGAACAACCAUUCAGGGUGCUUGGAAUUUUUAAAGAUAUACUUGACAAAGAUGCAUCGCAAAUUCAAGAUAUUAUAUCACAACUAGAUAAUGAACAGUUGAGUAAACUGCUUAGUUUUGUAUGUCACUGGAAUACAAAUAGCAAGCAUGCUUCUGUCUCGCAGUUUGUCUUAUCUGCUGUCUUGAAAGAAAAAAGUGCAGAUGAGCUUUUAGAGUUUACAAGUAUAAAAGAAAUAAUUGAGUCAUUGCUACCAUAUACUGAAAGACACUAUGAAAGAAUUAGUCAGUUGGUUCAGCAAUCACUUUUUGUGACAUACACAUGGGAAUCAAUGAAGUUAUCUUAAGUUAGUUGAAUACAAUUUACAAAGAGUACAAUAGCAACAAUCGAAAGAGCAUCUUUGAUUCUCAUUAGUGUUUCUAAUUACAACGCUGCGUUAAUAAUGGCAAUAUCAACAAUUCUGUUCUGGUGUCAUUUCAAUUUUGGUGUCAUGUCUUUAUAAACAAAAACUUUUCAUAUAUGAAAGAAAAAGAAUCUUUUAUAAACAAGCACAUAUACAGAUAAAUCACUUUAUGUAUUGUUAGCUCAAAAAAUUUAUAGUUUUCUUUUAUAAAUGUUUUAUUAACUAUACCAAUGGAAAAUAAAAUUAAUAAUUUUUGAA